ACCAUUUGAAGCCAAUUUACCAAACAACCGGAUCCAACAUGUUUCAACCUCAAAUUGUGUAUGAUUAUCGACAUCCUAAAGAUGACUCAUACGAGAAAGUUAGCCAAGAAGUAGCACACUAUAAUUCUAAAAUGUUUAUAAGCUGUUGUAGUCUUAUAUGCAUAUGUUUGAUUAAUAUAUUGCUCUCAAUAACAUUGAAGUAUCACAAACAACCGAACUUACUUAUAUUAUUCUAUUUUACUUCCUAUGUGUCAUGGCUCGCAGCUUAUAUUUAUAUAUAUUUUAAAAACAGGCCUUUUCGCCUGCCAAGAAAAGAAAAGGAAACGGAUGAAAGCAGAAAGCAAUCAUCCAACCAGGAAAGAAACGACCCCUCAGAUUCUGAAGGAAGCCAAAAAUUACCAAACUACACUGAGAUUUUGGAGGAAUGAACCCUCAACUAUAAAAACUUGAUUUUCGCUAAUUAUCAUACCUUAAGCUUUUAACAAUUGGCUAUAGACGUAGAACUUGUGUUGGAUGUACUUAUUGAUGAAGAAGCAUUUCACGGAAGUAGCGGCGUGCUUCAACCUAACCUACGCAAAUAUUAUCAGAAUCUCCUUUAUAACAUAGUCUUAAGCGGAUUAUGGACCCAUAUAUUCCUUUUUUCAGGUUCUCAUGACUUGACUAUAAAGAGGAUAAACACAUUUCUCACAACCAGAUAUUGAAACUAGUCUUUAUUGGCUUAUGUUGAUGCGUUUAGAGAAUUCACAGCUAUCCUUUACCUACUGGUAGAACCUUGGCCCUCAACUCUCUCCUAAGUCAAUUUACUCUUAGGGAAUUCCUACAUUUAACGACAUGAUACAUGAUACCCACUCAAAAACGCUACUUAAUCUGUAAUUACCUAAUCUCUUGAUAAUUACGACCGGAAAGAGGAUAUAGCUAUACCAAAUGUCGUAUCUAUUGCUUUACUUGAUAUUUGUCAGAUCCACGACAAUUACAACCAAACACUUUUCCUCAAAUUUUCUAUUCUCUUGUUAAACUAACCCAUAAAAAGAUAUAGCAGUUUUGAUUUCUUGAUGUUGGAGGCUUUGAGAUAUCUCUUCAGCACGACUCACUCAUUAUAAAUAGUAGCUAAUAGGUUACAUUACAUUCCUUAAUAGUAAAAAUAAAAAAAAGGAACAAUGUGAAAAUAAUACCACACAUACGCUAACCUACGAUGAAAGCCAAGCUAUACGAAUAACUUUCAAGAUGAUCUAAAACAUUCAGUACUGAUCACUACGAGCUGAAAUUCAACAAAAAUGAUAUUCUUGC